CAGAAGCUACAUCCCUGCAUAACAAGACAACAGGGGAUCCAGUCCAGAGAGACCCACUGCAGAGAAAUCCAUGUCAGACUGAACCUGCCCUUGGAGAUCUGGACAUCAGCAGUGAUGCACCCCAGAACCAAGAUACGCCAGAAGAUGAUGACCCUCCUGUCAAAAAGAAGAAAAUGUCAGCGUUGGACCAGCUGUUGGGAAAAGACUUUGAAGUGAGGAUGGCAGCUACAUCUGUAAGAGACAAAGCCAGUGAAGAAGUCAAGAGGUACAGAGAGCAUGAUCCGUUGCUCCUGCAAAAAAAAACACUACAGUGGUGGAAAGAGCAGCAGGACUUGCCACUGCUGUCAUCUCUCGCUAAAAGAUACCUCUGCAUCCCGGCCACCAGUGUGGCAUCUGAACGGGUGUUCAGUACUGCGGGAGACAUUGUUUCCACAAAAUAUAGUCUGCUCAAACAUGAGCAUGUGGAUCAGUUGAUUUUCCUUAAAAAAAAAAAUCUGCCCUCCAACAAAACAGAGGACAGUGAUGAUGAAAAUGCACAGGCAUAGUGUAAGUGAACUACUUUGCUGCUUUUUGACCUGGGAAAUGGCAUCUCACACACAGUAGUUUGAUUUAUUUUAUACAUAUGUAUUUAUUUUCUCUAUUUUUUUUUUACG